AUGUUUAUUAUACGAUUAAUUUUUGUUAUUUUGUUAACUCUAAGUCUAACAAAUGCGUUGGCUUCUCUUCCUUCUUCAUCAAUUACCACCACUAACACUAAAAAAGAAGACUUACCCUAUCUUAAUGACGAUCUAGAGGAACAAAAUCAUGAAGAAGAUGACGAAAAAAAUCAUGGAUCUUGUCUUUCUGACACCUUUGGCAGUUGUAUUGCACAAAAUGCUGAAAAUGAAUCAAUCGAUUCAUUAUCAUCAUCUGAUGAACCAAGCAGCAGUGAUCAUGACGAUGAAAAU